AUGUUACCAAAUGCCAUUAUGUCCAAGUCAUACCUCCCUGUUCCAAAUCCAACUCCAUCUUACUGGCUGAGUCUGGAGAAAAAUGAUUCAUUCUCAAGCUAUAAGUCAUCUGAAAAGGUUCCUGAAAGGACUGAUAUAUUGAUCAUUGGCUCAGGGUAUGCUGGCUCUGCAACUGCCUUCCAUCUCAUGAAUGACAAUCCAGGUCUUGAUGUAACCCUUUUAGAGGCUAGAACCCUUUGUUCAGGUGCUACAGGCAGAAACGGUGGUCAUUUAAAACCAUAUUUCCAUAGAUUAUAUUCUGAAUAUGAAAAAGAACAUGGCCAAUACGUUGCUGGUCAAGUUGUCAACUCAGAAUUUGAACAUUUGUAUGAAAUUAAAAAUUUAGUUGAAAAGGAAAAUAUUGAUUGUGAUUUCGUCUUGACAAGAGCAUGUGAUGUUUAUAGAGACUCGAAAAGGGUCGAAAAUGAUUUGAUUGCCUUUGAAAAGCUCUUGAAAAACCCCUACAUUAAGGAUGAGGUUAAAAAUAGUAUUCAGCUAGUCCAAGGUGAUCAUGUUGCUAAUUUAUCUAAAGUUCCAGAUGCAAAGAUUUGUUUCACUUAUCCAGCUGCUCAUAUUUGGCCUUGGAAACUAAUGACAGCUUUAUUGAAAAAAAGUGUCAAAAAAGGCUUGAAACUUUAUGCUAAUACACCAGUUUUAGAAGUUGUUCAAGAUGCUGUGAAUUAUAAGGUGGUGACUCUAACUGGUACAAUCAUUGCUGAAAAAAUUAUAUUUUGCACCAAUGGUUACACAAAGUCCAUCUUGAAACCAUUUGAGGAAGCAAUUAUUCCUGUUCGAGGAGUUGCAACUCAUAUAAAACCCAAUUCUUUUGAAAUCGCUCCUCAGCUUCCAAACACUUAUGGUUUAUUCUCCCGCGCAAUGUUGGACAGUGAUUAUUUAAUAAACCGUGCCGAUGGUGGUGUAGUUGUUGGUGGAGCAAGUGUCUUGAUGGUCAAAUCGAACGGCGAUGAUUCUGAAAUUUUUGAUGAUGUUGAUGAUUCCAAAGUUCCCAAAAAUGUUGAAAAUUAUUUCCAAAACUACAUGAACAAAAAUUUUACCACUUGGAAAGAUUUCAAGACCGUCAAUGACUAUAUAUGGUCAGGUAUAAUGGGGUUUUCAAAAGAUCGUUUUCCAUACGUUGGUGAAUUAGACUCUUUAGGUUUGAAUAAUGCCUAUAUUGUGGCUGGGUUUUCUGGACAUGGUAUGCCUAGAGUCUACUUGAGUGCAAAAGCUAUUGCGAAAUGUGCUUUGAAUGGAAAGUCGAUUCAAGAAGUUGGUGGGACAUGCUUACAAAAAUGA